AUGCGGCGGGCGUUUCACGAGAGACUCCGUCGCUCCAGGGUUCUCUCUCUGGUGGUGCUCGUUUUGUUUGCAGCAUCAGCUCUGAGCCUUCGCCUUCGGUUCAAGAGGCUAUCGCCAGCAGGUUGGAAGGCCGAAAUCCAUGAUCUGCAAAAAUGUCCAGAAGGCGGACUAUGUCGGCUUCGUAUCUAUGCGAUAGCAGUGAAGAACCGGCGAAAAACUAUUGAGCGAGCGUUACAGCGAAUUCGUGCGAACUACACCAUCAUUGACGCGGUCUUGACGGACUCUGAGUUGGUAUCAUGGUACCACUGGCAUAUCGUGCCGAGUGAACAGGUACACCUCCACGAGCAAGGUGCUGGCGGAUACGUUGCUGGUCCGUGGCAAACUGUGGUGGCAUGUUUUUUGUCGCACCUCAAAGCGUUGAAAACGCUCAUAGAUGACCCCGAUGCAGAGGCAGCUAUGAUUCUCGAGGACGAUGUCGUAUUCUUGCGCGACGUCGAAUUGCUUUGGCAGCGAAUCAGCGACGCAUUCAAACUGCUCAACGACGCUGAUGUGGUUCGGCUCUCGUAUCUCGAUCACGCCAAGCAUAUCAGCCCGCGAACCCAGGCCGAGUUCCAGCUUAAUGGCACUUGGUCGGGUGCCCAAGCGUACAUGAUAUCGAAACAAUUCGCGAAAUUAGCCGUAGAUACCGUCGACCAUCCCGUGCGUUUUCUUCGAAAUCGUUUUCUAAGCAUCACGAGCGAACUUGUCUUGAACGCUGAUUUUGCGGACACCAAGGUCACCGUCCCAGUGCAUCCGCGCUGCAGGGUAUUCGUUUUGCAACCACCAAUCGCGAUAGAGCGUGUCGAUGUGAAAAGCACCAUUGGGAAUUCUCCGCAUUGGCAGGAGUUUGCUAUGUAUGGAUUCGAGAAUUACGCAUUGGACAUCUGA